UGUCAUUACGAAGGGCGCACUUGGAGAGAGAGAGAGAGAGAGAGAGAGAGAGGGGUCGAAAGAAGUACAGCAAGGAGGAACACAGAAGCGGGCGCACUCUCGAGGCUUUGCGAUCGGGACCCCGAGGGCCGGGUGAAGAGGACGCUCGCUACAAGCCAUCACCGAAUCGCACCGCACCAGGACCAGCAGCACACAUUCUUGAAAUCGCGUCAAGGCCAAGCAAGGCGAUAUUGUUGAUUAUGGACAACAGCUACGACCUCCGAUCGGCGCUCGCCGAUGCGCUCCCCGCGGCGGGCCCUACCCGCGCCGCUGUGAAGGCCAUGGACGACAUCGGCUUCAAGGCCGACCCGAAGAAUAACGACAUGAAGGAGUUGUUCGUGGGUCUCGACAUCGCGCAGCAGGAAGGCGGAGGAUCAGCUGGUGGUGGUGCGAGGAGCCAGCAGGCGAAGGCGGCGGCGGCGGCAGCGGGGCCAUCGGCGGCGCAAGUGCUGCUAGACUACCGAAGAGAGAAGAAGGAGGCGCAAGCGGCGGCGGAAGAGCAAGCGAAGAACCUGCUGGCGGCGGGCAAGGAUCCGGCAUCAUUGAAACGCGCGAACCUUUCCAAGACGGCCGCAAAAAUGAGCAGCAAGCAGAAGCGGCGGCGAAAGCAGGGCAAGGAGCAGGGGACAAACUAUGAAGAGAAGUAUGCCGGGAAGGUGGUCAACAGGUCGAAGCGAAAGGGACGGAUGCUCGCGAUGAAGCAGAUGUACUAGCCAUGUGGCCAAGAUAGUUCUGCUCUGGGUUUGGGGGGGGGUCGUAAAUGAUUCGAUUUUAGCGCCACUAUUCAGUUGACAAGUGUCGUACAAGUCGCUGUGUUUCCCAAGAGGAUACUUGCUGGAUGUAUUUCUUCCAGGUUGUUUCCGGUCCGCGCUUGUGCCAUGGUGUAGCUGUUUCGUUGAUGUCGCAACUUUUCGUACUCUGUAUUUUUUUCGUCGUAAGCCGCCGCAUUUCGCCAAACGAUCCUCAGGCUGGUGAUAUUCUAAUAUGGUGGAUUGAUGUACUUGCAUAUUCGGUGGGGAACUCCUCCUGCGUGACUUGCCCCGGCUGGCUGGGGCGUAAAAUAUAUGUAUGCCGAAAGGUGCAUGUAGACUGGAGACCAGGAUAGAUGGGACGAAAAACAGAGGAAGUGUGCGUGUGGUAGCCGGGGUGAGGUCAACUGCUCGAUCUGAGUGAUGGGGCGGGUGCUCGCUAUGAAAAUCAUGUCUCGAUCAGGGAUGGUUUGAUGCCCAGGCUUCUCCAAGCGCGUGCGCUGUCGUGUCGACUUGCUUUCGUUGAAAUUGCCGAUUUAUUUGCGUCUGUUUACGUGUGCCAGCCGUGAUGUCGAUCGACCCGAGCAAUGGGGCUGCAGGAUUCACAUUCGCUGCGAAUCGGUUGGGCCGAGUGGACGAUUCCACGGUUGUGUUUUCCAUUUGUGUACUGUUUAGUUCGGAUCGGAUUCACAGACCGAUGUUUUGUGUUUUUGUAUGUAUUGCGUUUGCUGUUGUAUGUUUCCGAAAAAUAAAAAUACUACGGUAUUCGUUCAGCAAAGCGCCUUGAACGCAAUCGUAACAAUUCAGCCGCGAAGCACUUCGCCAUUCUCCAUGAACCAAUCCUUUCACUCACCAACUCCGUCACGUGUUUGGGUGGUUGCGGGUGUGCUGCGCGUGAUACGCUGGGCUGGCUCGAUGUUUCGCAGCGUCGGUUCGUUACUCCUCAUAAAAUGUCGGAGCGAGAUG